AUUAACAUCCCAUUAGUGAAAUUAAGAGGUGGGCUUGAGUUUCCAAGAAGAAACUUUGCAAGUCUGGGUAAAAAUUCGAGUGUUAGUACUGGGAAAGGUGUUAAUGAUGAUGGAACGGAAGAUUGGGAAUUGGAGUUCAUAGGGGAGAUUGACCCAUUUGGUUAUCAAGCGCCCGUCCAAAAAGAGGAAAAAACAAGAGAAAUCUAGGGUUCUUGAUGAUAAUGAAGGGAUAGAUUGGUGUUUGAAGGCUAGGAAAUGGCACUCAAAUCUAUUGAAUCUAAGGGGUUGACACAUAAAGUCGAGGAUUCGAUAAAAAAGAAGAAGAAGAGAAUCGCGAAAAAAGAUGUGAUUAGUAAAGAAAUCAAGGAGAUAGAAGAGGAUUUUGAUUUUGGAGAAGACAGUGACGAUGAGAGGUUCGAUGACCAGAUUGAUGAUAAUGCAAGUCAACUUCGAGAUAUGGUGAGUUCAAUGGCAGAUGGGAUGUUUUUAGAGAAGAAGGAGAAGGCAAUGGAAGAGCUUGUUCAGAAAUUAGCUCAAUUUUCGGGCCUGUCCGAUCGUAGAAAAGAAGUUACUUUGAACAAAGAUCUAGUUCAAUCGCAAACUGCAGAAGUGUUGGAGAUUACAUCUGAGAUGAUAAUGGCUGUUGGGAAAGGUUUAAGCCCUUCACCGCUUUCUCCAUUGAAUAUUGCCACUGCACUUCAUAGGAUUGCUAAGAACAUGGAGAAAGUAUCGAUGCCGAGUACUCUCAGGUUGGCAUUUGCUCGACAAAGAGAAAUGCCGAUGCUGAUUGGUAUCGCGAUGACAGCUCUCCCAGAAUGCUCGGCUCAAGGUGUUUCGAACAUUUCAUGGGCAUUGUCGAAAAUUGGAGGGGAGUUAUUGUUUUUGUCCGAAAUGGAUCGAGUUGCAGAGGUGGCUUUGACCAAAGUUAAGGAGUUCAACUCUCAGAAUGUCGCUAAUAUUGCUGGUGCAUUCGCUAUAAUGCGGCAUUAAGCCCCGGAUUUGUUCUAAGAGUUGGAAAAAGGGCAUCGGCCAUAAUUCACACUUUUCGUGAACAAGAGCUUGCUCAACUGUUAUGGACGUUUGCAUCUCUAUAUGAGCCUGCAGACAACUUGCUUCAAGUUCAAGCUAUGGAUA